AUUCUACAUACGUCUGGCUAGCCACAUAGUGUAGCCCGGCGGCUAACUUGAAAUUGAACCAACCAUUCCGCGGCUUGUCGCCUCUUCAAUCGUUUACUCAAUUACUUCAUCUCCUCUAGUAAUCGCUAGGUCUUCAGCAGCUCACUGGUCUUUCUUUUUCUUUCCAAGACCUUCACAAUUUUAAACCAGCGACCCCAUACCCUGUCUGAAAUCUACCUCCGACCAACCAACAGGCAGUCGGUGUUCUUCCCCAGCCCACAAGCCAUGGGCAUCAUCAUCUCGUAAUUGAUUAAUAUCCAAGCAUCAUGGAAUUCAAAAAAAUCACGGCAGCUUCUAGGGAUUCUGCCACCUUUCACAAUGAGGAUACGACCACGAACAAUACAUUCGAGUCUCACUCUCAGAGUCUUCAUCUUCCGAGAGAACCUUACCUACAAAGAGACAUGUCGGCUGACCGAGACGAAGAUGAAGAUGAAGAUGAAGGUACCGCCACCGUCGAACUAGCUGCCAUCAUGACCACCACAUCGACACCCGUCACGCCUGGUCCUGCAAGUCCACCUCUAGAACAGCCCAAGUCUACCGAUUUCGUCCCCCCUACACGCCCCAGCAGUACUCCAUUCCCCAAUGCCCAACAAGGCCAAACCGAUAUUCGUUGUUUGACAUGUCAGCCAGACUGUGUGGGUUCCGAUGAUUGUAUGGUCACAAGUCCCGUUUCUGCGCCGGCAGUUGUCGAGCAGAAUCCAGUUUUGACCUUGGCUCAGUUGCCUGCGGAAAUUCAUGAAUGCAUUCUCGACCACAUAUUUGGGUAUCGAGUCUCAACCACAUCACCAAGCUCCCUCAACAUUCCAAGUGUCAACGCCCGUAGUUGGAGUACCGCACUGCGACAUUCACGAAGAAAGGAACUAUCAAACUUGGCCCUCGUCUGCCCUUUGUGGAGGGAUCUGAUUCAGCAACGACUGUAUCGGCAUAUCAAACUAAAAGCAACUGUAUUUUGCAGCAACGAUGUCAUAGCCUUCUUCGUGCGCCAUCCCCAUCUUCGAACGUAUGUGAAGCAUAUCGAGAUCUGGUUCCCAGUAUUCCAACCCAAGUUUCACCCAACCACCGUCGGGGAUACUUCGCUUGCUCUCCCAACAGUUUCUCCAGAGGGAAUCGCCAGUGCAACCUACGCGCUUCCAACAGACAACUCGACGCUUGAGGAGGUAUUCUAUCUGGUGAGCACGGAAUUUUCCGAGGCACGGGUCAUGACGCUUGAGGGUGGGGAGAGGAAAAAGGCACCACGAGUAAAAUUCAACUUGCCUGGGCCAACGUGGAUUACUCGAGACUUACCCGAGAUCCCCUCCAUUCGAACACUUAUCGUGAAAGGACAGUGGAAUAUUAUUCGGCAGCCGAAGGAUUGGGAAGUCAUAUCACGCGCGUUGCCAAACCUGGAGGAGUGGCAUGGCACUUAUGCUAAGCCGAAAUCUAAAAGCUAUCUUAGUAUGGCGAGCACACUUGAGUGUCUUGACCCAAAGAUCACUAGUCUCAAUCUCUGCCUUGAGUGCGACUAUCGCAGAGAGUCGGCAUGCCCGCCUUACUAUCUUAAGGUCUGUGAGCAGCUUCAUUGGUGCGAGAAAAUGGCCAAGGCUGCAAGUAAUCUAGAGCAUAUCUCGUAUACUGGACGUGUUUGCCAUAGAUUUUUCGAUGUGCUUGCCAAGUAUUCUAAUCCUCGCACUACCCGGCUUAAAACUAUUGAUCUCACCGUCAAGAACUGCUGCCGGCAGAAUGUCCAGUGGAAUGAAUCGGGUUCGGGCAUCACUGAUAUGCACUUCAUUGCGGCUUUUGAGCAACUCGUGCUAGGCGGUAUUCGAGCCUUGGAGCGCUUGAAAUCCGUAGAACUACUACGUAUCCGAUACGUUGAUCUAGACUCACCUGUCCCGCCCCUUAACCCAUACUUCAUGGUUAGAGACGGUUGGUGCUCUGGAGUAUGGAGUGACGAAAUCGUAGCAGAGAUUAAUCGAGUACGGCCUGACAUCUGCUUCGAGAAGAUGGUAGAUAGCUUCGGCGAAGUCGGCUAUAACAAGGAAGGUCGGUUGGUUAUUAACCCUGAUUUUCCGAAAUCACGAGUGCUCUCUCUCAAGCUGGCAAACUAUGCCAUGCUUUCGAGUGGUAUUACUAUCAUGUGAAGCCCGAACGCCAAACACAUACCGCAAACAAUUUAUGCAUGACAAUCAUCAUGAUCGAUCGAUACAAGAAACAGAAAGAAUUUCCUUACCGGCAUGGUCA